UUUGGUUUUUAUUAGAUUUACGUUGAAGAAACUGCAUAAUUUGAUCCUUGUUGAUUAUAUUUUAAUCAUAACGCAUUAAAGUUUUAGUUCAUUUAUUGUGAAUAUUUAUAUCUUGGACUAAUCAUGUUGCGAUUGAUUCAAAAACUCAAGCUUAAUAAUGUCAGCUAUUUCAAAGAAAUUCCUAAAAACCAACGGAGAAAUGUGCAUAUCUCUGGUGAAAAGAGAAAAUGUUUCCCUAAAUCAGCGGCAAUCUCUAAAGAUUAUCCAGUUAUUGAUCAUACAUUUGAUGCUGUGGUGGUUGGAGCUGGUGGAGCUGGACUUCGAGCAGCAUUUGGAUUAGUUGAAGAAGGUUUCUCGACCGCUGUGAUUACUAAAUUGUUUCCAACUAGAAGCCAUACAGUUGCUGCUCAAGGAGGUAUUAAUGCUGCUUUAGGUAACAUGGAACCUGAUGACUGGAGAUGGCAUAUGUAUGAUACUGUUAAAGGAUCAGAUUGGCUUGGUGAUCAGGAUGCUAUUCAUUAUAUGACCCGAGAAGCUCCACAUGCAGUUGUUGAGCUUGAAAAUUAUGGUAUGCCUUUCAGUCGAACUGACGAUGGUAAAAUUUAUCAAAGGGCGUUUGGAGGACAAUCAUAUAAUUUUGGCAAAGGUGGUCAAGCUCAUCGAUGUUGCUGUGUUGCUGAUCGAACUGGACAUUCUCUGCUUCAUACACUCUAUGGUCAAUCAUUGAGGUAUGAUUGCAAAUAUUUCGUUGAAUUUUUCGCCCUUGACUUACUUAUGGAGAAUGGUGAAUGUCGUGGUGUUAUUGCUGUUAAUCUUGAGGAUGGUACAUUACACAGGUUCAGAAGCAAGAAUACGAUUUUAGCUACAGGAGGAUAUGGUCGAGCCUACUUUUCCUGUACAUCAGCUCAUACAUGUACUGGUGAUGGAACAGCCAUGGUUUGUCGAGCUGGCCUUCCUUCAGAAGACUUAGAAUUUAUCCAAUUUCAUCCAACAGGAAUUUAUGGAGCUGGAUGUUUGAUCACUGAAGGCUGUCGUGGUGAAGGAGGUUUUCUUGUAAAUUCGGAAGGUGAACGAUUCAUGGAAAGAUAUGCACCUGUGGCCAAAGAUCUUGCAUCUCGAGACGUUGUCAGUCGAUCUAUGACUAUUGAAAUUCGUGAAGGCCGUGGUUGUGGUCCAGAAAAAGACCAUGUAUACCUUCAAUUACAUCAUUUGCCUGCUGAACAAUUGGCAACACGACUUCCAGGAAUUUCAGAGACUGCAAUGAUUUUUGCUGGUGUUGAUGUCACCAAAGAGCCUAUUCCCGUUCUUCCAACUGUUCACUAUAAUAUGGGUGGAGUUCCAACUAAUUACAAAGGUCAAGUUAUUACUUAUGAUGAGAAAAACGGUGAUAGAGUUGUUCCUGGUCUUUACGCUGCUGGAGAAGCUGCUUGUGCGUCAGUACAUGGAGCUAACAGAUUGGGUGCUAAUUCAUUAUUAGAUUUAGUUGUUUUUGGCCGAGCUUGUGCUAAAACUAUUGCGGAGGAAAACAAACCUGGAGAAACAAUCGGAGAUUUGAGUAUGAACGCUGGUGAACAAUCAGUCGCUAAUCUUGAUCGUAUCAGGCAUUCCAAAGGAACUACUCGCACUGCAGCUUUACGGCUUAACAUGCAAAAAGUAAUGCAAAAUAAUGCUGCAGUUUUCAGAAAUGGUGAAAUUCUUUCAGAAGGUGUAAAAAAGAUCGACGAAUGCUUCGAACAACUCCCUGAUAUUGGAUUAAACGACAAAGGUAUGAUCUGGAAUACUGAUCUGAUUGAAAGUUUAGAGCUUCAAAAUCUAAUGUUGAAUGCUAGAAUGACACUUUACAGUGCUGAAGCUCGCAAAGAAUCUCGAGGAGCUCAUGCUCGAGAAGACUUCAAAGAACGUAUCGAUGAAUAUGAUUAUUCUAAACCUUUGGAAGGUCAAGUAAAGAAGCCUUUUGACCAACAUUGGAGGAAGCAUACAUUAUCAUGGAUAACUCCUGAAGGCAAAGUUGUAUUAAAGUAUCGACCUGUCAUUGACGAGACUCUUGAUGAGCAAUGUCAAACAGUUCCUCCCGCUAUCCGAGCCUAUUAAUAAGUUAUUACAGUUUUGUUAGAUUAACAUCGGAUGAUGAAUAAAAAAAUUCUGUGAACAUAACAAGAGCAAAAUAUAACCAAAAUGAAAUAAAUUAUAUUCAUAGUUUAUAAGACACACCAGGCAUCAGCUCUUAUGUAAAUUUGGCUUAUUAUAUUUAUUUAAAUCCCUUCCCUCCAAUUAUAUCAGCCAAGAACCGACUGAUUAAAUUUCAAACCUCUUAUUUCUACAAUAAUAACCA